CAGUACUGCCGCAAUACUGAGCGCGGCCGUUAUAAAGCUCCGGAGCUGCAGGGGGCGCUGCUGGCUCCGUGACCCGCUCCUCUCUACAGUACCGGGCGAGUUCCAGCAGCGGUCCUUUCCGACUCCGGUCUCUGAGCGAGUGUAAAGAUGUUGAUGCCCAAGAAGAAUCGCAUUGCUAUCUAUGAGCUCCUCUUCAAAGAGGGCGUCAUGGUGGCCAAGAAAGAUGUCCACCUGGCAAAGCACCCGGAGCUCGCUGACAAGAAUGUGCCCAACCUUCACGUGAUGAAGGCCAUGCAGUCUCUAAAGUCCUGCGGGUACGUGAAAGAGCAGUUCGCCUGGCGCCACUUCUACUGGUACCUGACCAACGAGGGCAUCCAGUACCUGAGGGACUUCUUGCACCUGCCACCAGAGAUCGUGCCCGCAACCCUCCGUCGCCAGACUCGCCCCGAGACAGCCAGGCCACGCCCCAAGGGUCUGGAGGGAGAAAGACCAGCUCGCCUGGCCCGUGGAGAGGGAGACAGAGAUGCAUACAGGCGAUCUGCUGCUCCCCCUGGAGCAGACAAGAAGGCUGAAGCAGGUGCAGGAGCUGCUACAGAAUUCCAGUUUAGAGGUGGCCUAGCAGGGUGUAAACUGGUCGCUGGUCCAAAGUGGGGAAAUUACCACGUCACAUCACGAGUGUGUACUCACGGUUUCUGGGUCACACUCGGCUACACGACAUAACUGUGAAUAUAUAUG